UUCGUUUGAACAGAUCAGAACCUGGUAUAACUGUCCUAAAAGACCGAGACUUUCGUUUAAAUUGACCAAAACCUGCUAUUACUGUUCCAGUUCUUACUGGAUUAUUUGUUUGUCGGUGAAGCUUGUCGCCAAGUGAAGCUGAAAUCUAUUGCGAUUUGGAUUUGCGCGUUUGACACAGGAUUAAUAAUAUUCAGUUACAAGGAAUACAUUGACUGUGCUGUGAUUGAUAAAAUAUGUUCAACGGGCGAUAUCUAUGGCUGGUCCUACUACUCUUUUUUAUAUCAUCAACGAACGCAGACCGUGUGUGUGUGUUCCCGAGUAAGAUGCGCGGCACCUGGCUGACGAGCUUGAUCCCGGGCGGCCAGGCCUACAUGACCGUCCUUAUGGACAAGGUCUCAUUCGACGUAGGAGGCAUGUUCCAUCUGGAGAUGUCAUGUGAGGAACAAGAUACAGAUACAUAUCUAUUGAGAGCCAAGGGUUUAUUCGCACUAAACCUGGAUGCCUUGUUCUGUAUCCGAUUCAUGGAGCAUGCCAGGAAUCAGGAGCAGGAGGUGUACACUCUACUCAGAGUCAAUGGAGAGCGCAACCAGUUCUUGGAGCAGCUGAAGCUGGUGGCACCAAGCACCAAGGCUGCCAUACACAAGGAUUGUCAAGGUCUGAAGAGUAAGGGGGUGACAGAACUAAUAUCACGGAAUCUCGCCACACCCAUACCAAAAAUAGAACCAACAAUGGCGGGAGAGAUGAAGAACAAUCAGGAGACCCCUUGAGUUUGUUUCAUCACAACAACCUAGUCCUGUUGUGAGGGUGUUCUUGGACUGAACAUUGAUGAUAACAGCACAAGGAAUCUUGCCAAACUAGACCUGAAAUUGGAGCUACCCGACUCGGAGGGAGAGAAACAGAUAAUAAUCGUAGAAUAUCCUUUAGACUCAUAUGAAAUCAGCAACUCUUGAGUUGUGCAUCAGCAGAUCUCUUCCAGUUUCGGGAACAUUGCCAGUUAUGCUUCGCCCAAGGUUCAUACAGAGGUGAGGUACGAGAGUUCUCCAACUGGCAGGCCCUAGCCACGAAAGCAAAACAGAAUAAAACAACGAUAUGAUAGAGAAAUAUCAAACAAUUUAUUCAUACUUUACUUAGUCACAAGUAUACAAGGUUUUGAUUUUGGCAUUGAGGAAAAA